AUGGGAUCCUCAGUUACUGUAGUUACUCUGUCUCCCCUCAGGUGGAUCCUUGUCCUCCUCAUUAUUGUGCAGCAGCUCAAUGCAGGGAGCAUUGAUGGCCCAUGCGAAGGCAGAGACUGCUCUGUAUGUCAGUGUAAUCCUGCUAAAGGUGCCCGGUCAAAAACGGGAGCUCCAGGGAGGCGGGACAGCAAGGGCCCCGGGGCCAAUGGGGACCAUGGGGACAUCAAGGGGCAUCUGGAGAGAAAGGCAGAGGGGAACAGAGGGAGCAUGUUGGGCCCAGAAGGGCCCAAAGGAGACCGGGGCCACCCUGGAGCAGGCGGUGAGCCUGGUUGCUGGGAGCUGAUGGCUGUAACGGGACAAGGGGUCGACCAGGAGUCGAUGGUAUUCCUGGUUUUGGUGGUCUCCAUGGGCAACCGGGUUUACACGGACACAAAGGCAUUAAAGGAGAACCUGUCUAUGGGGCUGGACAUCCGGGGGAGCAUGGUAGAGAUGGACAACGUGGUCUGGACGGAAGAAAAGGAGACAUUGGACCUAGUGGACACACUGGCCGUCGUGGCGAUAAUGGAUAUGAGGGUGACAACGGAGGAUCUCUGGCAGGAGCUGAAGGGGGAACAAGGCCCACCUGGCCAACCUGGCCCGGACGGAGAAGAAGAAUCCAAACAAUUUCCUCUAGAAAUUCUUCCAGCCAAAGGUUACAAGGGAGAGCAAGGUCCUUCUGGACCAUGUGGACCAAAGGGCAUAAGAGGCGGUAUAGGAGACUACAGCAUUCAAGGAAUGAAAGGAGAGCAAGGAAUCCCCGGUUUUCCUGGAUUGAGGGGUCUUUCAGGAAUGCCUGCUAGAGAUGGACUUCCCGGACCUGAGGGUGUCCAUGGAGAGAAAGGAUUUCCAGGACUCAUUGGAAGGAAUGGAACAAAGGGUAACCAAGGAGAUCCAGGUCACCCAGGUCCCCCAGGUCUCCUGCAAUUGCUCAAUGGAAGUGAUGCCAGAGGUGUUAAGGGUGACAAUGGGAGUCCUGGAUUAGCUGGACACCCAGGUGACCCUGGGCUCAUGGGCAUGCAUGGACCUCCUGGCCCACCAGGGUUAACAAUACCAGAAGUGCCUGGGCUGCCUGGUCAACGAGGGAUCCUCGGUCCCAAGGGGCACAAGGGAGAGCCAGGAAGGUAUAACAACUAUGAUAAUCCAUAUCCGGGACCAAAGGGAGUUAAAGGACUCCUCGGGCAUAAAGGUGUCACAGGCUCCCCGGGGCCUCCAGAUUACUACUGUGAGCCUGGUUACCCAGGGGACCCAGGUGAUCCAGGCCAUAAUGGCCCCAGUGGAAACAAAGGACUCAAAGGAAUUAAAGGUUGUCUAGGGGAAUGUAACUGUAGGUCUGGAGGAGUAGGAAGAGAAGGUCGCAACGGUCCAACUGGUUUUCCAGGUUCUCCAGGGAUUCCUGGAACUCAAGGACUUAAGGGAGACCCUGGGCUAAAAGGACAUGACAGUCCAAGAGGACCAGAAGGCUUUCCAGGUAUUCCUGGUAUUAAAGGACAUAAGGGUCAAAAAGGUCACUCUUUUGUGUCAGACGUUAAAGGUGCCAAGGGUGACCUAGGAGACCCUGGCCAUUCUGGUCCUCCUGGAGCAUCAGGUGGAUCAGGAAGAGAUGCCCCCCCUGGCCCUGCAGGAGACCCUGGAACACCGGGUGCUGGAUUUGCAGUGUUACCUGGUCCCAAAGGGUACCCUGGUGCUGCUGGACCCAAAGGGUUUCACGGUCCUAUUGGCCCCCCCGGUCCUGGUUUUCCAGGCCCUAAGGGGCUCCAUGGACCUAAGGGUUAUCAGGGAAGUCAUGGCCCCUCAGGAAUUCCUGGACGACCAGGCCCUCCAGGUGAAAAUGGGUUAUGCUGUCAUGAUUAUGAGAUUGGACUACCGGGUCCUGAUGGUGAACCAGGAUCACCGGGUAUUCCAGGUGAGCCAGGAAGAGUUGGUCCUCCAGGAACUCUGGGACACCCAGGCCCGAAAGGCAUGACAGGAGAUGACACUAGUACUGGUGGGAUUGGACGGAUAGGACUUCAAGGUUUAGAUGGGGAUCCAGGUGAACCUGGUUCCAGCGUAAUUAGCCUGGUUGGCCCUCCAGGCACUCCUGGGUUUCGCGGACAUCCAGGCAGGAAGGGUGAGCCAGGCGAUGUUUUCUCUGCCAGGCCAUGUGAUACUGGACCACCUGGCCUCCCUGGGCUUCUGGGGAAGAAAGGACUACGGGGCAUUCCUGGAAUCCCAGGGCCUCCAGGGGAACAAGGCCUGCCUGGAUCACCUGGUUGGAAAGGAGGGCCAGGAUCCAGUGGUGACCCUGGGGCCACUGGUCCCCGAGGCCCACCUUGCACUGCAUUUGAACUGAAUGGACCUCCAGGCCCUCCAGGCCCUACAGGAGACACUGGACAGAGGGGGAUACCAGGCUUCCCUGGUCAGAAGGGUUUGAAGGGAGAUAUAGGUCCACCUGGUCAUGGACUGAGGGGUCCAAAAGGUUUCCCUGGCCUUCCUGGAUUAUCAGUGGUUGGACCAAGAGGCCCUUAUGGCCUCUCAGGAGAGCCUGGGGCUGACGGCUGGCCAGGACAGAAAGGGGAAAGUGGGUACCCAGGCAGGCCUGUGUCCAUAGGUUUGCCAGGCCGUCCUGGACCUGCAGGGCCCAGGGGUAAACAAGGAGAGAGAGGCUUUACCGGUCACACAGGGGACCCUGGAUACCCAGGAGAGCCUGGUAAUAAAGGCUCAAAGGGCCCGAGGGGACCACCUGGGGAUUCGGGGUCAGAUGGAUUGCCUGGUUCUCCAGGGUUUAGAGGCAGCACCGGUGCUCCAGGUAGAGCAGGAAGAACAGGGUCUCCAGGGUCCCCUGGAAUCAAAGGGUUACCUGGUCCACCUGGACUCAAAGGGAUGCGAGGGGAUGAUGGACAGAGUGUGCCCAGAGGGAUUCCAGGAGAUCCAGGAGACCCAGGACCCCGGGGAAGGUCAGGACAACCAGGACCACCCGGCAUUAAUGCGGAGCAGGGAAGAAUAGGAGGACCAGGCUUCCCCGGGCCUCGUGGCUCUUCCGGUCGUCCAGGUAUUCCAGGUCUGCCAGGCGAUCAUGGAGGUCUGGGACCACCUGGCCCACCUGGCCCAUAUGGGCAUCCAGGGACCCCUGGACCACCAGGUCUUGAUGGACUGGAUGGGCUUAGAGGUCCAAAAGGGAUAAAAGGCGAGAGUGUGCCUCAAGCCAUAGAUUUCCCUGGCCCUCCUGGACCAGAUGGUCUUCUUGGAGUCAAAGGUGUCAGGGGACAGCAAGGGUCUCCAGGAGCCAGUUUUCCUGGGCCUAAAGGCCAGAGAGGCCCGUCUGGCUUCACAGGUAUUCCAGGCUCCCCAGGUGAACUUGGGAACCCUGGCAUAGAGUGCUUCAGGCCUCCACCAGGACCCUACGGGGACAUAGGAUAUAAAGGACCCCCAGGACCCCCUGGCCCUCCUGGGGAGCCGGGCCUUCCAGGCAGCAGCAUUCACUCCAAAGGAGACCCAGGUCCAACCGGCCUCCCUGGGUUACCAGGCCGCAAGGGCGAUGGUGGCCCCUCAGGGCCUCCUGGGUCACAGGGCUACCCAGGGGUUACAAGGCCAAAAGGUGAGAGAGGACCUGCUAGUCUCGAAGGUCCUCCAGGCCCCAAGGGUCAGACCGGGGUCCCUGGGCCUUGGGGACGGAAGGAGCAACUGGCCAAACUGGGGCAACAGGUAAGUGGUGCCAAAGGUGCUCCUGGUGGUUCCAUCAGUAUCGACCAAGGUGGGACUCCACCUGGACUCCUGGGACCGCGUGGAUUCCCAGGAUUUGUGGGAUAUCCCGGUGAUGCAGGUCCUCCUGGGACACCAGGACGUAAAGGACUGAAGGGUCCUGUAGGGUAUGUUGGCCUCCCUGGCAAACCAGGUCCUGCUGGUCGUGAUGGUCCUGUUGGAGACCCAGGAGACAUUGGUCAGCAAGGAUUUACUGGACCUCAAGGUAUCCCAGGUACACCCGGUGAUCAAGGUAAUCCAGGCCAUAGAGGGGCGCUGAGGUCAGGCUACCUUUUGGUUGUCCACAGUCAGUCAGUUCAGGUGCCACGAUGCCCUGAAGGCAGCAGCCCGCUUUGGGUCGGCUACAGUCUGGUCUACUUGGAGGGGCAAGAGAAGGCUCACACUCAAGACCUGGGCCAGGCUGGCUCCUGUCUCCGUGUUUUCUCCACCAUGCCUUUCUCCUACUGCAACAAAGCUGCCUGCGACUACUCCAGUCGCAACGACAAAUCCUAUUGGCUCUCCACCACCGCUCCCAUACCCAUGAUGCCCCUCUUCGGCCAGGAGAUUAGCUCCCAUAUCAGUCGCUGUGCGGUGUGUGAGACUGUUGCGCCUGCAGUGGCUUUUCACAGCCAGGAUCACAACGUCCCCUCAUGCCCACGUGGCUGGAGGAGCCUGUGGACGGGAUACUCUUUCCUCCAUCACACAGGGGCCGGUGAUGAGGGUGGUGGCCAGUCUCUUUCUUCCUCUGGCAGCUGCCUUAAGGAUUUCCGAACUCACCCCUUCAUAGAGUGCCAGGGUGCGCGCGGGUCCUGUCACUACUUUGCCAACCUCUACAGUUUUUGGCUGACUACUGUUAGUCCAACAGAACAGUUUAUCACCCAGAGGCCUGGCACCAUCAAGGCGGCGGACCAACAGCGGCGCAAGUCCAGUCAGUGUCACGUCUGCCUCAGAGCAGAGUAAAGGACUUCUUCACUUUAAGUUGUAACAUUAAUAAUACAAACCAUUUCACUGUCAAAAUAAAAUACUGAUUACAAUUGAGACUUUUAGAUAGAUUUCUAUUUGAUUACUUCUAGUUACAAAUAAUCCGUAAUUGUAUCUGUAUAUUUUUUACAUGUUGUUUUUAUUUUAAGGAGGUGCUAUUUCUAAUGAUGAAAAUGUUUGAUACUGCUGAU